AUGUCUCAAACGAGCUAUUACCGAUCACCGUUCGGAGACACGACUUACACCAAAGUGUUCGUCGGAGGAUUAGCAUGGGAAACUCCAACCGAAGAAAUGCGUCGUUACUUCGAUCAGUUCGGAGAUAUUCUUGAAGCCGUCAUCAUCACCGAUAAAAACACCGGAAAAUCUAAAGGCUACGGAUUCGUGACAUUUCGGGAGGCGGAAUCUGCUACGAGAGCCGUCGCUGAUCCUAAUCCGGUGAUCGACGGAAGAAAAGCUAAUUGUAAUAUUGCGUCCUUUGGCCGGCCUCGACCAUCGCCACCUCGAGGACGAGGACAAAGCGGAAGUCCGAGUCAAUACCAGAGUGGAGGACCAUCAGCUUACACGGGGAUGGCUGCACCGCUGCCACAGGCUGCAGCUGCUCACCAGCUCAUGUAUCCAUCCUACGGGUACACCUAUAACGCUGAUCAAUUCGGGUACCACCAAGCACUGUACAACACACAGUUGCAACAAGCACAGUACUAUCAACAGCAGCAACAGCUAUAUGGAGGAGGAGCAACAUCACCAUCAUCAUCAUCAGCAACCAUCAUGCCUUCUCCUUACUAUUACGGCUAUUCUCUUCAAGCUCCUAGAGUACCAUACCAACAUCAUCACCUUCCUCAACCAUAUAAUCCUCAACAUCAUCAUCAACGGUUUAAUUCUCCUUCCUUCCUCGUUUACCCAUCCAAUUCCUCUUUACCACCUCCAUUACUCUCUUCUUCCACCGAAUCUGAAGCACCACAACAAGUAUCAGCAGAAGGCGAAGCAACGACCGCACCUGAAAUCACAACCAGCAACGAUAAAUAA